AUGGCCCCGAGCGCGGCUGCGGGCGGUAAACAGCUGGAUGGCAUCUGGCACACCUCCAUUAUAGUCCAUAAGGAUGAGUUCUUCUAUGGCAGCGGAGGAAUCUCCAGCUGUGCACCUGGGGGAACACUGCUUGGCCCUCCAGAUUCGGUUGUUGACCUGGGGAACACUGAAGUCACUGAGGAAAUUUUCCUGGAAUAUCUUUCCUCAUUGGGAGAAUCUAUGUUCCGAGGAGAAUCUUACAACCUCUUUGAACAUAACUGCAACACCUUCAGUAAUGAAGUGGCCCAGUUCCUGACAGGAAGAAAGAUCCCUUCCUACAUCACCGACCUUCCAGCCGAGGUGCUUGCCACACCUUUUGGACAAGCUUUAAGGCCACUGCUGGACUCCAUCCAGAUCCAGCCACCAGGUGGAAAUACCUUCAGCAGACACAAUGGACAGAGCUAACAGGAGUGACCCGGUGUGCCCAGCCUCACCAGGCCUCUUCCUUUUUAAUCAUGAAUUAUCAGAUUUCUAUUUUAUAAUUUACCAUCAGAAUUAACUCUAUGGAAAUGACAAGAUAAGUUUCCAAAUUUCAUAGGGAGAGGAUUUAUCAGGGUGCAUGUAAGACAAUGCUACCAAAAAGAUUGCCAUAAUUUCUAAUAGUAUUAUACUAACUUAUAAAGGCUGUCUUGCCCGAGUAGGUUGUCACUUUUGAAAUGACUCCCAUGACAGUAAAGUGGGGAUUCAUUCCAUGAAUGUUCAAGGGCCCAU